AUGCCUGUGAAUCAGAUGAAUGAGCUUGGCAACCUUGGGGAAGACCAUCAGGACCCAAGAGAGAAGCAGGACCUGUUGGAGGAGCAGCCGUUCGGGGCUGAGGAGGAGGAAUCCCCCUCUCCCUCCUAUUUUAUCUCUCCCUCCCCCUCUGUCCUGUUCCCUCACAGCCCGAUGGCUGCUGGGAGUCUUCCCCAUAGCUCUCGGGGGGCCUAUCGCUCCGCUUCUGCCAUGGAAGCCAUUCCAUGGAGCCAGUCAGAGGAUGAGGGCUCCAGCAGCCAAGAUGAGGAGGAGCCGAGCGCCUCGGAGGUCCCGAAAGGGGCCAGUUACUCCCCGAGAAGCACCCAGCGUUUCACCACGAACAGGCUCUUGGCUUACCUGCUCCUGAAGUACCGUGCACAGGAGCCGACCACACAGGAAGAAAUGCUGAGCAUCAUCCGAGAGCAUGAGGACCGCUUCCCCGAGCUCCUCAGACAAGCGUCGCUGUGCCUGCAGCUGCUCUUUGGCAUUGAUGUGAAGGAAGUGGACCCCAGCGACUACUCCUAUGUCAUGGUCCCCACCCUGGGCCUCACCUAUGAUGGGAUGGGGAGUGAUCGGUGCUGCAUGCCCAAGACCGGCCUGCUGGUCAUGUUCCUGUGUGUUAUUGCUGUGGAGGGAGAAUGUGCCCCUGAGGAGAGAGUGUGGAAGGCGCUGAAUGACAUGGGGCUGCAUGAUGGGGUGGAGAAUUCCAUCUAUGGGGAGCCCAGGGAGCUGAUCACCAAGGUGUGGGUGCAGGAACAGUAUGUGGAGUAUCGGCAGGUGGCCAACAGUGAUCCUGCUCGUUAUGAGUUCCUGUGGGGUCCCAGGGCCCACGCUGAAACCACCAAGGUAAAAGUCCUUGAGUUUUUGCACAGGCACAGUACCACUGAUGCCAGUUCAUACCCAUCCCUGUCCGAAGAGGCCGAGAACUCUGAGGAAGAGAGGGCCUGA